AUGCCCCCCGCGGGGGGCCCCCAGGAGCGGCCCGAGAGGGAGGGCCCCGGCGGUCCGGGAAGAGGGAGAAAAGGAGAAAUUCGAGAAACAAGCCACUCGGGGAGAACCAGACAAACCGGGUCCGGGCAGGGCGGGCACAGUCGCCAGGGCGGAGCCCGGUCUGGGGCCCCGGGAGCCCCGGACACCGACGGGAGCCCAGCCUCGGAGGCGGGAGCUCCGCCCUCGGCACCGCCCCAGGCCGGAGCCCCAAAUUCCGGCGGGGUACUGGGGAAGGGUGAGGCUGGUGUGCGGUGGGAGGUUGGGGGCGCCGCGCCGCCGGGCGAGGAGCAGGGCGCCCAGGCGCGGGAGGCCAGAGCGGCCCCGGGUCCCGCGGGCGCCGAGUGGACAGCGCGAGCGCAGGCGGGCGGCUCCACGCGGGCCCGCCCCUCGCGGCCUGUGCCCGCCCCCUGCGCGCCCCGCCCCCUCCUUCCCGCAGCCCCCACCCCCGCCCGGCUCCUCAACACAAACUUUCCGUCCCGCUCGCUCCCUCCUCCACGCCCGGCGCCUCCCGCUCCGGCCCGGCUCAUUCCGUACAUUCCGGCUAGCCCCCUCCCCACGACCCCCCUUCCCCGACCCCCCUCGCGGCUCCGCGGGCCCGGUGGAGCUGCCCGGCCGGAGCGCCCCCCCGAGCUCGGACCAGGCUCAGGCCGUCCAGUGGGCUCAGGCCCAGAGCCCAGAGCAACCAGCACCAUAGCGUCCAACAGCUGGAAUGCCAGCAGCAGCCCCGGGGAGGCCCGGGAGGAUGGGCCCGAGGGCCUGGACAAGGGGCUGGACAACGACGCCGAGGGCGUGUGGAGCCCGGACAUCGAGCAGAGCUUCCAGGAGGCCCUGGCCAUCUACCCGCCCUGCGGCCGGCGCAAGAUCAUCCUGUCGGACGAGGGCAAGAUGUACGGUCGGAAUGAGCUGAUCGCGCGCUACAUUAAAUUGAGGACAGGAAAGACGCGGACAAGGAAACAGGUGUCCAGCCACAUACAGGUUCUAGCUCGGAAGAAGGUGCGGGAGUACCAGGUUGGCAUCAAGGCCAUGAACCUGGACCAGGUCUCCAAGGACAAAGCCCUCCAGAGCAUGGCAUCCAUGUCCUCUGCCCAGAUUGUCUCCGCCAGUGUCCUGCAGAACAAGUUCAGCCCGCCCUCCCCUCUGCCGCAGGCCGUCUUCUCCACGUCCUCAAGGUUCUGGAGCAGCCCCCCUCUCCUGGGACAGCAGCCUGGACCCUCUCAGGACAUCAAGCCCUUCGCGCAGCCAGCCUACCCCAUCCAGCCACCCCUGCCACCCACGCUCAGCAGUUACGAGCCCCUGGCCCCGCUGCCCCCAGCUGCUGCCUCUGUGCCCGUGUGGCAGGACCGCACCAUCGCCUCCUCCCGGCUGCGGCUGCUUGAAUAUUCGGCCUUUAUGGAGGUGCAGCGAGACCCCGACACGUACAGCAAACACCUGUUUGUGCACAUCGGCCAGACGAACCCCGCCUUCUCAGACCCGCCCCUGGAGGCAGUAGACGUGCGGCAGAUCUAUGACAAGUUCCCUGAGAAAAAGGGUGGACUGAAGGAGCUUUAUGAGAAGGGGCCCCCUAAUGCCUUCUUCCUUGUCAAGUUCUGGGCUGACCUCAACAGUACUAUCCAGGAGGGCCCAGGAGCCUUCUAUGGGGUCAGCUCCCAGUACAGUUCUGCCGACAGCAUGACCAUCAGCGUGUCCACUAAGGUGUGCUCCUUUGGCAAGCAGGUGGUGGAGAAGGUGGAGACGGAGUAUGCCCGGCUGGAGAAUGGCCGCUUUGUGUACCGCAUCCACCGCUCGCCCAUGUGUGAGUACAUGAUCAACUUCAUCCACAAGCUGAAGCACCUGCCCGAGAAGUACAUGAUGAACAGCGUCCUGGAGAACUUCACCAUCUUGCAGGUGGUCACAAGCCGAGACUCCCAGGAGACCCUGCUCGUCAUUGCUUUUGUCUUCGAAGUCUCCACCAGUGAGCAUGGGGCCCAGCACCACGUCUACAAGCUUGUCAAAGACUAGGGUGUUCUCUGCGCCUCCUCAAGGUUGCAAGAUGAGCAUCUUUUCCACACACCUGCCUGGCACCCCCAGGAGUCCAGGUUGAGAACUCUUCCACCUGCCAGGCCUCAGGCCCUGGACCCAAGAGGCCUCCCCGCCCAUCCCUGGCACACACACUCCCUGCCACUGUUCUGCGCUUUAAUUGUGAGAGAAGAGAGGAGG